AAUGAACUCUUUUAUAAUUAUUUUUGUGAAAAUAUAUGGAAUUUUUGCAAAUACAACUCUAAAAGAAGAAUUUAUGUCUUAUAAUCUUUUUAAUAAAUUCACAGCUGAGCUAAUUGACAAAUUGAACAUUGGUGAAGGUCAAGAUAGUAAAUCUUUUGAAGUUGAGAACGUUCAAAAAUUUGUCAAUUUUAAUUAUGAUAAUCAAGGUUCACUUAUCUGCUACCCUAAUUAUGGAUUAUGCGAUCUUAAAGAUUCGUUUGCUAAUUAUGCAGUUAUUAAAUUGGAUGAAAAUGAAUAUAUAACUCCAAUUUUGGCGGAAUAUCAAUUUCUUAAUGAUUAUGAUAAAUUGGAAUAUAUUCAAGAUAGUAAUGGACCAUUCGUUUUAAUUCCUAAAUACGUUAACAAAUCUCAAACUUAUACUAAAAGUGCAAUAUUUUAUUUUGACGCCUCUGAUUUAACUUCUGGAAAAUAUGCAUUUUAUAAUUUAAAACUAUAUAUUCUUGUUGAGAGUUCAUCGAAUGUUGGGGAAAAAAUAUGCACUAAUGAUAAACUAGAGGAUGGAAUAAUCAAAUUCUGGAUUAAUGAACUAUAUAAUAGACCAGAAAUAGAUAGGAGAGGUAUAUGUCUUAAACCAAUUAUAUCUUGCAAGCGUAGGUGUAAUUAUGGAGAAAAAUUAGACGAAAAUGUAAAAGAUUAUUGUUUACCAUGCCCAAAAGGCUUUUAUAAAGAUGGAAUGACUAUGAUAUUUUCUGAAGAUUGUUUUCCUUGUCCUCCCUACACGUAUCAAGAUGUGCAAGGUAGCGAGAAAUGUAAACCUUGCCUGAACGUCAAUUCUUCAAACAUACCAUUAAUAGGCAGUACAACGAAGGAAGAAUGUUACUUUACCUUGUUCGAUAUUAAUAAUAUAGCUGAUAACAAUUUUACAACCAUAUAUUACGCUGAAAUUGAUGGAGAACACAGAUAG